AUCAGCGAAACCGACGCUGCCGCCAGUGUCGAAAAGCACCGUCGAGAGGCGUCAUCGCUGCGCUCCGCUGCCCCAGGUCGCUCUGCACUUCAGUUACUGCGUUUUAAUGAUUUUUACCACAUGACGAGCGGAGGUAAAAACACUGACACACUGACAAAAAACUUAAUUUGAUGGUUUGUGUCACGAAAAGCAAGAAACUCCAGUAGGUUACCAAUCCGAGUUCUCGUUUAUCGGCUGCAAGUACGAUCAUCACUACGCAAUCAUCAGAACAGACAAAAACGAGCUCGCUUCUGACAGGGAUCGUGAUGGCACAGGCGUAGAGAAGUCAGCGUGAUUGAAAGAUACAAAAUUGUUGUAUUUUAUAAAUGAAGUCAUUUAGAUAAUAGGAAUUUUACCACUGACAAUCGAUUUAAUGUAUCUCAUAGUUUAUUGUUAAAUCCGUGUGCUUAGUUGUUAAAAUCAUGAAGAAUAACGAUGAGACAAUUCUCGAAAUUCUUCAAGGACACAAAACUUCAAAGUGGCCCGCUGCAAAACUCGUUAAAAUUUUCAUUGCCAGCACUAAAGCAGAUUUUGUCGAGGAGCGACGCCUUUUACUUGAAUACGUUGGCCCAGAACUUCAAACGGUAUUCGAUGAACAAAAGAUUGAGGUCGAGCUAGUCGAUAUGCACUUCGGCGCUUCCGAAAAGGACACGUUCGACGCAAAAUUAUUCGAGGAUCAUUUGCACGAAAUAAGAAUGUGCCAUAAAUUAUCACGAGGAUGUUUCUUUUUGAGUUUAGUUGGGAAUAAAUACGAACCUCUCAUAGUUCCUCCUCGUUUAGAAGCCGAAAUUUUCGAAGCCUUACUUGAUAAAGUGGGAGAGUUGGGGCUCAAUUGUGAUAUUUUAGAAAACUGGUACUUCAAGGAAGGAAACGAAUACAUUUUAAAAGACUGCAGAUUCUCGACGUUAGAAGAAUGGAGAGCUAUAUCAGAAGAAAUUAUCACCAUAGUACACGAAUGUAUGAUAAAUAUGCCUGCACCAGCUAAGAAAGUACUUAAUAACACCUUAAAAUCAGUCGUCGAGCAACAAUUUAAUUUCGCUUUAGGGUUGGCACCCGGCACUGCUCAUCGCGUAAUUAACAUUUUUAGACAUUGGGAUGUACCUGAAGAGACUGACAAAUUUCAUCAGGAAAAUUCUAACCAUGUUAAUAAAACUAUAGAUAAAUAUUGCUCUGAACAAAUAAAGUUAUUUCAUUCAAAUGUAAAACUACUUAUUCCAGAGGAAAAUAAUAUUUAUUUCAAAGUGCCUUGGAAACCUGGGGGAAUUAAUUUGAUACAUGAAGAACACGAAGCAUAUCUAAACGAAUUUAAAAAUCGUGUUUUAAACAAAUUAAAAGGUUUAAUAAAAAAAAGUUUGGACGAUGAACCGGAAUUAAAAUCUAAAAAGAAGAUCGUCGAGGAAAACUUUCAAGAAAAUAUAACACACUUGACGCUUUGUUAUGAGGAUAUGAGAGCGGACUUUUCCAAUUCAGAGAUCCUGGAAAGGAUUAAACAAAUAGUACAAAACACAACAAACGUUCGACAUAAUCCGAUUUUGAUAUACGGAAAUCCCGGAUCGGGAAAAACCUCGCUUAUACAAACAAUAUACAGAAACUUCGAAAAGUGGUUUAGUUGCAGAACUCUUAGAAUAAUAAGGUUUACCUCAACCACCCCCCGGUCGUCGUAUAAUUUAGAACUGUUAAGAGUCAUAUGUCAACAAAUUUGCAUAGCUUUAAAGCUUCCUGAAGGUUUCUUGCCGAGAGACGCUUCCUUCGAUCCCCUGUACAUUAACAACUGGUUUCAAAGUUUACUCCGGAAUUUCGAAGAUAUGAAUCAAGUUCUAGUCAUAUUCAUCGACGAUUUACACUUGUUAAAUCCCUUAGACGCCGACGCGAUUAAUGCGUUGAGCUGGCUUCCGAUAACUUUGCCGAAAAAAGUUCACAUGAUCUGCACAACUUCGACGGAAUUAGAGAAACUUCGUAUGACUCCCGUGCAAAAAGAGCGCUUUAAAAAUCCAGAUUCGUAUCUCGAAAUUCCCACUCCAGAUUCGCUCGAAGAUUUCGUUAAUAAAAAAUUCGACGCUUUGGAGGACUCUUUCACGAAGAACGCCGUCGCACGGUUGUCGUCGCUAAUAACUUGCUCUGAAUACGGGCUAACCGAGACGGAGCUCCUGGAGAUUUUAAUGCCCACGAGCAACAGCGAGGCCGUCAUUCACGUCGAGGAUGCCAAUUUUAAUUUUUCUUCCUUGUGCUCCAUCCGGCGCAAAUUCGAACCUCUCCUUAGGGAGAAAAUAAUGAGUGGAAAAUUGCUGAUAGAGUGGAGUCACGUGCUGAUUAAAGACAUCGUCCGCAGGCGAUACCUCCACAAUCAAGAGACUUUAAGAAACACACACACCGAACUCGCGAAUUUAUUUUUCUUUGAAUUUUGUAGAGACGAGAGCUGUGAGGACGAAGAAGAGGAAGGGGAACCAGCGCCCCUUUUAUCUGAAAUUAGGGAAACUCCGUUCCAAUCUACGGUGUAUAAAGAUGUCACUUACAGUCAAAGACAUAUCGAGGAAGCGUGGAUACACCUUCUGCUCGCCGGAGAUACAAUUAAGUUGAAAAGCUUGUGUAUGUGCAAUUACGACUUCCUUCUUGCCGCGUUACAAACGUUUUCGGUUAGCUAUUUACGGUGUUUGUUGGAACAUGUGCGCUGUUAUCUUCUUGAUAGGGAGAUAGAGCUGGUGUACUACUCGAUUCGGAAAUCCACCGACGUAUUAACGCGGGACACUUAUCAAUUAGGCACUCAGCUCAUAUCUUGGCUGAGGCCUGUUAUAGAACGAGGCGGUGGUCUAAUGAGUUCUUUGGUCACCUCUGCGAUGGCCUGGUGUGAUGGUUUCACUUUGCCCCUCGUGGUUCCUCUAACAGAUUGGUUACAACCCCCUCUUCCGCAACAAUCCAGAGUAAUUAACACGCCAAACGUUAGACUCAUUGAGUCUACCCCUUCCGGACAACACGUUAUUUGUGUUGUUGAUUCAGAGCCUCAGCUUUGGCACAUAAUGAGCAACCAGUUAGUCCACACUUUUAAAGGUCAUACUGGUAAAAUAAUUUGCAUGGCUGUGACAAAACAUUCCCAGUACCUUUUUACCGGGUCCUACGAUCUGAGCAUAAUUGUGUGGGAUCUGAAAUCAUUUGCGGUUAAAUUACGAAUUCACGAGCACAUUGCACCGGUAUUAUGUAUUACCGGCGGGCUCAACAACUCUGUGAUCAUCAGUGGGGGAGAGGAUAGCAGCAUUAUAAUAACAUCCCUUUCUGACGGGCACGUGGUCAUGAAAAUAGAUCACCAUCGGGGUCCCGUCACGUCGGUUAAAGUAACAUCCACAGGUGAUAUUCUAGUGUCAGGGAGUCAAGAUGGAAGGGUUUGUUUAUGGUCUUUGGAAACUUUUACUUUGUUGAACACGAUUACGCUGCAAUCACCGAUACAGAUGAUCGAAGUUUCUGCCGAUUCCGUCUUUCUGCUGGCUUGCUGCAGAGACAACAACUUGUAUUUACGCACUCUGGCAACAGGAACGGAACUCCACAGUCUGGUAGAACAUAAAACAAAGGUCAGAUCAAUUUGUCUUACUCAGGACAGCUGUAGAGCUGUCAUUGGGGGUGCAGACGGAAAAGUGUACAUUUACGAUAUUCACAGUGCCAAAUUAAUUAAAUGCUUAACAGGACAGAGCGGGGAAGUCACAGCAGUGCGCGUUACUGAUAAAGAUGAUUUUCUUUUAACAGCGGGUGGAAAUCGAGUUAUGUUUUAUCCAUUCCGGAGUGACGAUAAUAUAAAAAACUUCAACAAGAUGAAGAAAAAGUCGCAGCAUCAUUUACAGCCCCACGGCGGUUUUUUAACUUGUCUGGAUAUAUCGAGGGACGGUCAAUUAUCGGUGACAGGUGCAUUGGACCAUAUAGUGAACGUGUGGCAGCUUAAUAGUCAAGAGUUGGUAUUGACUCUAAAGGGACACACCGGUCCCAUUACUGCGGUUAGUUUUGCUGCAAAUGGGUUAUUUGUGGCGUCUGGUUCUGAAGAUAAAACCGUCAAAGUUUGGGGGCUCACUCUUGGUACAUUAGUCUCGACAUUCACGGGUCAUCAAGCUGCCGUCUCCACGGUAUUCGUUAUGAUGGAUUCCAGCAGGGUAAUUUCGUCCGACAGAAACGACACACUGUGUAUCUGGCUCGCUGAUAAUGGGAAUUUACUCCAAACAUAUCCCGGACCUAGUAAAUGUGUUAGAGCUACGAAUAACAUGAAAUACGCCAUCGCCACGAACGGUGACGUCUCGUUAAAAAUCUGGUCUUUGGUGAAAGACGACGAAAAGUAUAACGUGAACCAUUCCGAAGAGAUAACUUGCUUUGUUCUUACGAUAGACUCUCAGCACAUUAUUACGGGGUCGAGGGAUAUGUCAUUGAAAGUUUGGCAAGUCGUCGGCGGGAAACUAUCUCAAGUUUUGAUAGGACACACUGAUGCGGUAACUUGCGUGGCAGUUUCGGUUUCCGAUAAAAGUCAAGUAAUAUCUGGAUCGUGCGAUAAUAACCUUAUAGUGUGGGAUAUAAACACGGGGGCUGACUUAUACACGUUAUCGGCCCACUUGAGCUACGUUACUUGCGUUAAACUAUCCGGCGACGGAACAACAGCGGUAUCAGGAUCCGACGACAAAAGCAUCAUAAUUUGGGACACAAAGAGAGGGCUACAGCUAACUUCCUUACAAUUGCAUUAUCCUAUUAUAAGCAUAGAACCUACGUCGGACUUUUCAAGAAUAUCCGUUCUACUGAAAGACACUCACUUUAUGCCAAUUAUUUGCUUGCAUAACACUCCCGCUAAGUACGUCAAACUGCCGACUUACUGCGCCCCAGACAAGGACAUAAUAGAAAACCCGAAGCCGGCUCCGAAGCGACAAAUGAAACGACUAUUGAAGAAGGAAGUCUCUUUAGACACCUACACUUGGCAGAAGAAAUACGCUCAUCUCACGUCGAACUUGGUGAUUCCCGCGGUCGACGAACGCUUCAAGCGCCGCUUCUCCGUUUCGGCGAGCAUGGAAGAAAUCUCGAAAAUCCCCCAAAUGAAAGAUUCUCAGGGUGGCUUGGGAGCGAAACAAGCUUCUCUAGCGCAAUCUCAGCAUUUUGAUCAAUUGGAAGCUUUGUGGAAUAAGCGUUCGCCACCAAGGCGUAGACUUCAUCAGUCGUUAUCCAAACAAUCAUCUUUGGCGGAGUCCCAUCUGGAUUCGUCGGACGAAGACGGACAUCUGGAGGACGGUAAAUAUGUGACGUAACUGUAAAAGUAUUAAGUAAAACUGUCUUUAUUAGACUAAGUCAGAGUAGUAAAUGUCGUAUUAGGUGAAACCUUCCCCCAAUGGAUGUUGUAAAUGUAGUACUUCCACGAAAUGUUAUACUUAUAGAAUAUAAAGUAAAUGCAAAUGAUAAUCUAUGACAUAAGUGCUUUCCUUAUGACUGUUUCAAAUUUUUAGACUUUCUAAAAUAUUAUUUUGUAUAAUUGCUAUUUACUCUAGAAAUAAGGAGAACCGUUUCAUAUUACCAACUGUACUUUAUUGUUUCUUGUUGAAAGCAAUCAUUCCACACAUUGCAAACAGUGUUUGUUAAAUGUUUAUCUUGAUGUUUGUUACAUUAUUUCCGAUUUGAGAACUUUAACUACCGGACUUGGAGGGGAGGGAAAACAACGAAAACUAAUCCGUGAAUUGACAAAGUUUUGUGUAACGAAAUAAAAUACGAUUCCAUUCAAGUAUACGAAACUCUGAAGAAUGUCGAAACGUAUGAUUUAUUUCUCAACGAACUUAAUCGUAGCUAAAUAAAGUUCUCAAAUUAACUAAUACUCACACCUCUAUUACGAUUCGCCAACUCCUUUUUGGGAAUUGUUUAAAUUACUAAUUUUUUAAGUCGAAAAUUCUCAGGACCAAAUAUUUUUUUUAACUAAGAUAAAACAGUUUAUAUACAUUUUUUAUUAUAAAUUUGUAUUUUUAUAAUAUAACUAAGUUAACAUCGCCCUGACUAAAAGACCUGGCUUAACUUUACAAUUAAAUAAAGCUCAAAUAAAUAUUCGUACAAUGUCCACAACUCUGCCUACCGCAUCAACUUAGUUAGAACUCGCUUAAUCUUCAGUGUUCAUAUUUUAAUGUACCAUCUUAAAAUGUUUCUCUUGCUGUCUCUGCAUUAUGCGAUUUACGUAUAAAGGACCAUUGUUACGUUCGUUUGUCGUACUUAUUUCCGUGUUAGUCUUUGUUACCUAAAGCAAUUCUAAAUCUCGCUACCUAAGCAAUAAUGUAACUAACUAAACCAUCGUUUAGAUUACAAAUCACAGUAUAUAAAUGCUAUGUUAAUAUGUGUAAUGAAUUAGAAAACUGAGUCGAAAAUAAAAUU